UUGUGAAUCAGCAGUAUUUGGAGGCCCUUGCAGUGCUUGAUAUCAAACAACAGAAGAUAGCUCAGGAAAACAUGUGCCAUAGUGAAAGCAGCUGCUUCACAGAGGUGUCAGGUCUUGAGCUUGCAGUCCUGGCAGCCUGCUCUUGUCAUGGGCCUGGAGGGAGCCCCUGUUCCUGUGCCAAAAUGGCGGCAUCCACUCGCCAACUGCUCCUUCAGCUCAAGCAAGAGUUGGAACUUUUGCAGAAGAGUAAAGAAGAAGCUUAUAUAAUGGCAGAUGCAUUCAGAAUUGCAUUUGAGCAACAAUUAAUGAGGAAAAAUGACCAGGCAAUAAGACUGACACAAUUGGAUAAAAUGUGUAAAAAAGCAACAAAACAGAUAAAUUGGAAACUUCUUAAAGAGGAUGGCUUUAUAACACUAAAGAGCAAGAAGACCUUAGGGCAGAAACUGUUGGGUAUGCUCCCUUCAGAAAACAGUUUGAAGAGGACUAAAGACCAGGAUAAUCCUCAAGAAGUCUUUAAGAUGCUAAUAGAUUUGUUGAAUGAUAAAGAAGAAGCUUUGGCUCAUCAAAGAAAAGUUAGUUACAUGCUUGCUCGGGCAUUGGAAGACAAAGAUAAUGCCUCAAAGCAGAACAAAGGAAAAAAUCCUGUGACAGAGAGGUGUCCAUUCAAAAAUCCCUGGCCUAAAACUUCAGAAUUUUCUGUUUUACAUGAUCCCACAUAUUCAGAUAUCCAGAUUUUUAAUUCUGUGGGCUGCAGUUGUUCAAUCCAAUGCCAUCAAGGGGAUCAGAACUACACAAGAACUCUUAAAAAGUCCCGCUCUUUGCCAUCAGGUAUCAUGUUUUGA